AGGAACCGAGGAAGCGCAGCUCGAUGGGCACACAGAGGUCCAAAAGGCCACAGAGAAACUCAGCCCUCUGCGCUGAACUCAGCACGGAGAACCAGCGAUGGGCUUUCUCCAUUACUGGAUACCUUUAAUUAAAAGCUGUUAAAGGAGGAGUCUUGCGAAAGACACCAACCAGAUGCAAGCAUGCAAAAACAGCAUGAUACUUUCUGCAUUCAGUAGUUCUGUUAUAUGUAGUGACAUGUUCUAAUUCUUAACAUACUAUGGCUUUGAAUCAUAUGAGUCUCCACAGUAUAUGAUGCCCAUUGGCAUGCCUAACAGAUAUCAUAUUAUCCAAUAAAGAAUUUAAUUGAUGGCUGUGGCAAGUGCCAAGGUCAACAGCAGAUUUCACCUCACCUGCAACAAAGAGAUUUAAUGCACUUUGUAAAGCCAUAUCAUUAACUGGAAAAUGCUCUAAUUAUUCUAUGAGGGCAGAGAUUUAGAGGGAGGGUAGGGGGAGGAUUAAGCCAGGCUAUUAGGAAAAGCAAUCUUUGCUCCCUCAGGUGGAUAUAGAGAGGGAGCAAUGUGUAUUAAUGCAGUGUAUGUCUCUUUAAAUCAAGGGAGAGAUAGAGAGAGAGAGAGAGAAAGCAUGUGAAAGGGGGAGGGGGACUUGGCUGCAAACAGUCCGCCUCUAAUGAGCAGAUUUGAGAGACACCAGUGUAAGAGAGAGAGAGACAUCCAAGCAUAUGGGAGAAUAAGAUGACGACGGAGAAAAAGACAAUCAGCAACACACAAAAAUUAUUCCUACAGCAUGCUGGAGUCAAGGAUGUACUGAAAAAGAGAAAUCAGGUACAAUGAAUCUGGUUUUCACACCGGCAAGCAAACUGGAGCACAGGAUUUUUAUACAGACCUAAAAGAGAGCAGAGAGGAAAGAAAACGACAAAUGGUGCCCAGAUAAGGAAUUAUUAACAUCAAUUUGUUUGCGAUCAAGCUCUGCACACAGCCUGUGAGCGUGCGUAUAAAUGCAUGUGAUUGUGUGUGGAUAGAGACUGCAUUGCCGCUAAUUGACAGACUAAACCUUGCAGAAUACAUCGCUCUUUUUUUUUUUUUUUUUUCCCUCAUUUCUCCUGCACUCUGUCUCCCUGUGUAGCAACAGCAUGUCAGGUGGAUUUGGUACAACACAGAGCAAGCUGCUUGGAAAGGGGAAGUGUUUGUAAAUGCUACCUGAUUGCUUCACCCAUCAGCCGUCACUCUGAGGACUCAGGUUUCUAGGUGGAGCCUGGUGGUCUCAGCGUCUGUGAGAAGUGAAACAGCUCAAAACCCCAGAGAGGGACAGCGGGAGUCAGAGUAGGUGUGUGCUGGCACAGGGGGCCUCUGUGGAGGCAGGAACAAGGAGUGGGCCGAAGCAGCAGAACAGUGAGAAUUGUUGCUGCAUUGGUAUAGGUAGGACAAGGCGCAUGGCUGGUGUGGGCCCACUUUCAGCACUGAGAAGCAGCCGCAUAAGAGCAACUUGUGAAUAACAAGCUCCGCUCCUGGAGGAGGAUGGUCUGAGAGGGCUUAAAGUACUCCUGCCUGGUCUGACAGGAGGGGACUACUGCCAAGGAGGGCACUUUUGUCUUUUUUUUUUUCUUUGAACUUUAAAAAAAAAAUUGUUUUUCACCAUCGUUAAAGGGAGUGUUUACACAUCUCUUCCACCCCCAGUUUUCCACCAAAUCCCUGGCCUCAUUUUUAAUUCUCAUUUGGUUCUUUCUUCCAUUUCUUUUUGAGGUUUGGGGUAUUUGCCGAAACCUAUUUCAUGCAUGUCCACUGGGGGCAGGUUCAACUUUGAUGAUGGGGGAUCAUACUGUGGAGGGUGGGAAGAGGGAAAGGCCCACGGCCAUGGCAUUUGCACAGGACCCAAGGGCCAAGGCGAGUAUGCAGGCUUCUGGAGCCAUGGCUUUGAAGUGGUGGGCGUCUAUACCUGGCCCAGUGGGAACACUUUUCAAGGGACAUGGGCGCAAGGCAAGCGCCAUGGCAUCGGAGUUGAGAACAAGGGCAAGUGGGUUUAUAAGGGUGAGUGGACACAUGGAUUUAAGGGACGCUAUGGUCUGCGGGAGAGCACUGGAUCCAGUGGCAAGUACGAGGGUACGUGGAACAACGGCUUACAGGAUGGAUAUGGAACAGAGACAUACUCUGAUGGAGGUACAUACCAGGGACAAUGGGUGGGCGGUAUGCGGCACGGCUACGGCGUACGGCAGAGUGUUCCGUAUGGCAUGGCGGCCGUCAUCCGUUCACCUCUGCGUACCUCCAUAAACUCUCUACGCUCCGAACACAGUAACGGCACAGCACUGCUGACUGGCGAACGGGUGCCUGUAGCCGGCAUGGGAAGUGGAGGCGUCCUGGCAGCGGGCAGCCCAGCCGUGUCCCGUGGAGGCUUUGUGCUGAUGGCCCACAGUGAGGCUGAGCUAUUGAAAAACAAAAAGAAGGGCCUGUUUCGCCGCUCACUCCUGAGUGGUCUCAAGUUGCGAAAAUCUGAGUCCAAGAGCUCGUUAGCUAGCCAGCGCAGCAAGCAGAGUUCCUUCCGCAGUGAGGCUGGUAUGAGCACCGUCAGUUCAGCCGCAUCCGACAUCAACUCGACCAUCAGCCUGGGAGAGGGCGAAGGGGAGUUACAGGUUGGCGAUGACGACGUGGAUGCCACUACCACGGAGAGUUAUGCUGGCGAAUGGAAGAAUGACAAGAGGACUGGCUGUGGGGUUAGCCGCCGUACUGAUGGACUGCAGUACCAGGGAGAGUGGUUGGGUAACAAAAGGCAUGGCUAUGGAUGCACCACCUUUCCCGACGGUACCAAGGAGGAGGGCAAGUACAAACAGAACGUGCUUGUCAGUGGCAAACGGAAAAACCUCAUACCGCUACGUGCUAGCAAGAUCCGUGAAAAAGUGGACAGGGCAGUAGAAACAGCGGACAAGGCAGCUGAUAUCGCAAAGCAGAAGUCAGAAAUUGCACUCUCAAGGACGGCUCAUGCCAGAGGGAAAGCGGAAGCAGCGACGACAGCAGCACAGAAAGCCCAGGAAGAGUGCAGACUGGCCCGAAUAACCGCCAAAGAGUUCUCCCCCUCUUUCCAGCACAGAGGAAACAGACUGGAGUGCCAGCGACCCAAACAGCAGAACUCCAGCGAGAACGAUGUGGAGGUGGUCUCCAGUGGAACAGCGGACAGCACUGAACUGUAUCUGAAAGGCUCCACGCCACCGGACCUAACCCCAGAUGUGAGCCCCACACCCAGCCGACCCUCCACGCCUCCCCGAACCCCGACCACCAAAGCUUCCCUCCGCACCAAAAACGCCCGCUUCCUGCGACAGAGCGCAGUGGACGAGGAGCGCGGAGGAACCCAAGAGAUCCAGGUGCUGAUGGAGGGAAGAGGUGGUGGGGGUUCGGGUGGAGGUGGAGAGCAACUGAGGGCAAACAGCUGGAGCGAGGACAAGCGCCCCUCACGAGGGAGCAGUAGUAGAGGGGGUAGCCGGGGCAGUAGCCGCUCCACAACGCCCUCAGUGCAAGAUGAGGUGCGGGCUAUGGCGGCACGGGCCAACGGACACAAGCACUCCUCCAAUCACAAGCCUCGAGACCACAGUUUGUCCAAUCACAAAGCACCGCGGGACAGGAGGGACGGUCCCUCGGGUUCUUGGACCUCUCAACGGGUACAAGGGGACAGUUUUGCACACUCCCACCUCUUAGAGCAGGAUGAGGAGAAACUAAGCAAUUAUGAAAUGGAGAUGAGGCCGUUGCAGCCAAUGGCCUCCCAUAAUUCACAGAAGCCCUAUGGGCACGGGGAGGAGUGGCACAGUCAAGCAGAGUCACGUGGACAUACGCUACAGCAUCGGGGUAAAAAUCGAGAUGGUGAGCAGGAUGUCCAGGACACUUCAGGGGCCAGGGACGCCCGGGAGGGGCCGGCUUCAGGCUCAGUGCAAAAGUUGGACAGUCUACGUGUGGGGGAAAAGCUUGAGGCUCGGCCCCUACGUAGGGACCUCACACUCUCACCCCCACAAAAAUCCCCACCUAUUGCACUAGAGCACGAAAGCGAGAACAAGUCUCAACUCAAAGUAAACUCGGGCUCCAACUCAAUUCUGGUUGUCAUGGUGAUUUUGCUCAACAUCGGAGUUGCCAUUUUGUUUGUCCAUUUUUUUAUUUAAAAACACUACAUUGCCUAUCAAUUCCUCUUGUUCUGCUACUUUAUUAUCAAAUCAUUUACCAUAACUGAUGAGUCCCAGCCUGUUUUUCUUUUUACUACUUCUAUUGAAGUCACAGCACGUCAAUAUGAGGACUGAGGAAGGCAACACAAAACGGGGCUCAGCGGUACUGCUUUCUCCAAAGAGCUCUUGUUUUAAUUUAGUUUUUUUUAAAUCUGAAAUAUAGUUUAAAUCAUCCUUUUGAACUUCUAGUUUUAACCUAUGUAUUCACUCUCUCAUUAAUGCUGUUCUAAAUUGGUAUAGUUGUUUGUUUUUUUAUUUCAUAUUUCUUACUUGCCUUUUUCUUGGUGGCUUUGUUUCCGUUUUCAUUUGGGUUUGGUUUGUAUUUUGGGUGUUGGACACAUAUGAAUGGUGGCUUUGGUGAAGGAGGGUGUGCAAGGUGGCGUAAGGGUGUAAAGGGGAACCACAAUCGACAUCUUAUCGGGUGACUGCAACAUUACAUGGUCAUGUCAUCAACAGGUUCAAAGUGAUGGGAAACAGCCCCCGUCUAACCUCACCCGCCUCCCUCGCGCACCUCUCCUAAGCUUUGAUUGUAUUUCUCCAUGUCCUCACUUUUGUUAUUCAUUAGAAUCAGAUGCCAAGUGCUCCUCUCAUGUCCUAUACGCCUUCAUUUCCCCUGUGUGGUACGAUUCUAAAUACAGGUGGACCCCAGAAUGUCAUGGUGGACCAGAAAAGCUUCUGCUAAAUGGAAAUUGAAUGUUUUAUAAAUGCUCUCUUUUACAAAGUUAGUUUCAGUCCUCUAAUCUGAUUGGACAAGCCAUGUUCCAGAAGUGCUGAGAUUUACUAGUAGGGUGAAGUACUCAAAUUCACUUGAUAGUAGAAAAUUUUGCAAAUCUCAAAAAGCCAUCUGGCCAACAACGGCUUAAAAAGCAUAAGCACCAAAGUGGGUUAGUAAAAGUAAAAGUUUGGUUAUCACAGAGGCACAGCACCACCAAUGUGUCAGGAUCUGACCCACAUGCAUUUGAAAAAAAUUCAAGACCAGAAAGUUGUACGAUCUGAAAGGACUUCAUCAUUAAUCUUGCUCUGCAUAGGAAACAUUUUUCUCAGCAGAAUAAAUCAUAACAGCUCGAGUGAUUUAUCUUUUCAUAUACAGUUACGGCAUGUAUACGAUUAUACUCUACAUUCAAUAAGGCAUAGCUUGGGACUGAUCUUUUGAAACACUCUCCUUAGUUUGAACUUUAGGCAGGAGAAUCUCAUGAAACCUACAAUGUACAGUAGAAUAUGUCCAGGUCAUAUGCCCCCCCAAUGAAAAAAAAAUUGCAUAAAGAUGAUUAAACACAUAUUACCAAACCCAGCACCCAUCCACAUUAUUUAAAUUAUUAGAAUAAUCUAUAGGAUUCUAGUUAUAUUAUAUAUAUAUAUAUAUAUAUAUAUAUAUAUAUAUAUAUACACACACAUUCUGUACUGAAUAUAUAUUUAUAUCUUUCGAUUUUGGAGCGAAAUACAAUAUGACCGGGACAUUUUCUUGGGUAGGUUUUGUGAAAUUCACAAAUGAGGCAGCAUUUAGUUUGCAUGAAGGCUAGCACAUGACAUUCUGUGAGGUCAUCAUUAUUCUAAACCCCUCCCCCCCAACACCCCACACACACACACAUACAUAGGCCUGUCGACCUCACCAUACACAUCUGAAAGCUACAUGCUGCGUGCGCGAUUCUGGCAUUCCCAAUCAGACGUUCAGAGACUGUUAAUGCUUUUUUCCCCAACUGCUGCUUUCAAAACAAAUAUUUGUUGAUAAAACAAAAAGAAAAAAAAAUUUUUUAGCUAUUUGCAAGAUGUCUGAAAAAUAAUGUCAACUGCCUUGUUUUCUAUAAGUAAAAGAACAAAAAACAAAGUUGCAUGCUAAAGUAUGUUUUAGUUUUGUAUAGAUAAUCUUAUUUGGGGGGGGUCUGCUAGUUUUGGACUCAGAACUGCAAAAAUGGUUUCCAUUUGGACCUAAAUCAAAAGCGUUUUUUUGGGCAAUACCAUGGCGCUCAAUACCAAGUAGUGCAGUGGUUUUCAAACUUUCAAUGUGUUGCUAGGUCAAAAUAUUUAAAGUAAAUAAGUACUGAAAUAAUUUCAUAAUUAUAAUGUUAAAAUCAUUAAAACUCACAUUGUCAUUUUAUUUUCAAUGCAGAGUACAACCAUGGCACGCAAAAUUGACCAUUUUUUAUUUUGUUCUCUCAAUUGUUCUCUCUAAAAUGUUUGUUGACAAAUUCUGAUAUUUUCUCAUGUUAAAGGAAUGUUCUGUGUUUAAUACAAGUUCAGUGAACAGCAUCUGUGGCAUAAUGUUGAUUUCCACAAAAAUGUAUUUGAUUCUUCCCUCGAAAAUAAAAUAUCAUGGUUACGGUAUGUCGUUUACAAUGGAAGUAAAUCGGGCCAGUUCAUACACAUUUAAUUUCAGAUUGUUUCAAAAGUAUAAACACAAGCCAUAAACAUUAUGUUAACAUGAUUUUACUGUGAUAAAAUUGCUCACUAACCUUAUAUGUGUUAAGACAUUUUGAAAAUUACAACUUUGUUGCAAUAACUUUACGCCAGUAAACCCUGCAAGCAAUUUUAUCACACUGAAAUUAUGUUAACAUAUAUAUUAUUUACAUUUUGUGGCUAUACUUUUGAAACAAUGAUUAUGUUUACAUGGAUACCAGAAAGCAGCUUAUUGCAAGAAAACAGCAUUGCUGUUUACAUGCUCUGUAAAAGCGGCGUACACUUUAAUCCCGUAUACAUGUGGCUCGGUAAGCGAUUUUCUCCACAGCAAGAUAAUUUUCCCAGAACACUUGUGUAAAUAACAGAUUUGGGAUAUGAGGAAGACUUUGCUAUUUUAUUGUCUGUUGCUUCGCCUUAUUUCUUAGAUAUUCCUGAGUUGUUGCUGUUUGUUUCCUUCACUUUCUAUCGCGACCUACAGCUAAAUUGUGCUGCAAUAGUGGGGUUUACCUCUGUGAUUCCCCCAAUCUACAAGUGCAUAUGCAGAGGUGAGGGACAGUCGCUGUUUUACAUUGGUGUGUAUAAAUGGUUAUGGUUUAUGGUGUAUGUGAUUUUCCCAAUGUACUUCCAGAAAUGUUGAAUUAUUUCAGUUGUUGACCUGUUGUUGGGCUCAGUCAUAUGACGUUUGUUAUACCGGUCUGUUCCAUGCACCCAUCAGAAUGCCGCUUAUGCAAUAACAUGACCACAUUAAGCCGUGUUUUCAGAGAGAAACCUUGGUUAAACUGCUUUCUCCUUCUCUUAAUCCCUUAGAAAUCAGCGUUCUUGUUUACAUGAUGUUUCAGAACGCUACUUUCUGCUAAAACCCUGGAAUAAACCGUUUUUUAAAGUGCAUGUAAAUGUGGUCAAGUUAUAUUUUAAUGUUUAUGGACUGGUCCCAUUUAAUUCCAUAUUAAGCAACUUGCUGUAAACGAGACCAGUCAUUUUUCAGUCAAUUUUUCAUGGAAAUCAUGCUAGAAAUGCUUUUGUUUUUGCUUAACUUAUAUUAAACCCGGAACAUUCUUUAAAGAUUUCUUUAAAUGUUAACUACAGAAAAUGAUUGAGAAUGAUCACAGUUAUUUUUAUAUAUUGACAGCCCUAGUAUCUGUUCAUGAAACAUUUGAAAACAAGCACUUUUUGUCAUUAUUUCAGCAGAAGUGCAAGACGAGGUGUAGUGGGACACCUGAUUGGACAUGCCAAAGUAAAAAUCCUCCCAAGUAUCUGUUAACCUGAGCGGAAUGCUUUGAGGCCACAUAAAAAGUGUGUAGGUUUUCACAUCCAGCAACCUUUCCGCCCCAACAUCUGAGACAAAACUAAAACAAGUGAAACAAACAAAGAGAGGUGUUUUGUUUAUUUUUAUAGCCAGCGAACAGAACACAAAGACUCUGAGAUGUUUUAUAGCAUGUGUGUAUGGGCUUGUACU